UUGAGAGAGAGAGGUUCAGAUGUUUUUUUUCUCUCAUGUGUCUGUCAAGUAUUCACAGAAGAAAUGGGUUUAAGUAGUUUUAAUGUUUUAAGAGAUGUGGUUGAGUGGACUGAGUUACGAAUAAUGUUUCACAAGGAAUGUACGUGGUAUUGUUUUACUUUCGGUUUCGCGUGGACACUGACCGAUCGGUUUUAUUAUCCCGGUUGGGAAAGUAACUAUACCUGUUUUUAAUUCUGUUUAUUAAGAUGUUCAGAGGUAAUAAUAUUGAUUUUUCUAGAUUUAUACCAUAAAUGACUUUCCGCUGUUUUGAAUCUCUUUGUAGCAAUUGCUACAACUGUCCAGUUUAUAUAGGACUACGCUCAUUAAAUGUAACGUUUAUACUGUAAGAAAUGACUUCGUUAUAUAGGCCUUAUGGUAAAAACGGUGCAGUAAUAAAGUCUUCGUUCAAUUGUUUAUCACUCUUUAUUAAUCUCUUGUCAUUUUAAACCUGUAUGAUUUUCUUUUAUCCGCAGAACACUUGUUUUGAAAAAUGUUAACUUUUCUAAAUUCACUUCUAUUGGUUUUGUGUGCAUACUAUAAAAGUGAAUGUGGUCCAGUGCUGUUUGGUUACCAAAUUCAAAAUAUCUUCUUUUGUGUUCUGCGGAAGUCAUAGAGGUUUAAAAUGACAAGAGGGUGAGUUUUCCUUUUUGGGUAAAAUAUCACUUUAAUAAUUAUGGGUACUAUGUAAAAAAUGUAGAAGAGCCUAGAAUAUGAAUGCAAAAGCCAUAAAAAGGCACGUUACACGUUUUAGAAUGUCCUUAGUUCCUUUCUCAUAAUAUUAUAAUACUGAAAUAGAAGUGAUUUAGGAUAAUUGUCUAUAUUUUUGUAUUGUUCAGUAACCACUUUAUAUUUGUGUAUUUUUUUAUAUAUAAUGUUUUGGCUGCAUUUGUUUGCAUUCUGACCUCACAGUUUUCAUUUUACCGGAUUCAUUCUGCUGAUAUUUCUCAUGUAAGUGGUUUUCCUUUAUAUUCUGUAUAUAUUUCCUUUAUAAUGUAAUUUGUUAAUUAAUUUUAAAGGUUUCAUUUAAAAAAAAUUUAAGGUUAAAAGUAUCUGUAUUUAUGUGUUAAGGGUUAGUUUACCCAAAAAUACAACAUUUGUCAUUUUGAACACAUUUUUUACUUACCAACAUGACAUUCUACAGGUUUUAAGACCUGCCUGCGUCUUCGGAACACAAAUAAAUAUAUUUAUGAUGAUAUUCGAGAGCUUUCCAGGUUUGAUCUAAACGCCUCACAAUAUCUGAUAAUGUGGGCUGAACAUCGGAACCUAUCUUUAUAUCAAUCACACUUCAUUUCAGAUUUAUUCACUUUGAAUGAUUUAAGAUAUUUAUAAUUAAUGUAAGAUUUGAACAUUUCAGAUUUAGGCUUUACACACCAGGGAAUGGCAUCAGUGUUAAAUUAUUUAUGUGUUCAAGUUUAACAUUGAAUAAUCAUUUAAGAACAUUGUCUGUCUUAUCUACUUCAGGUUAUGGCCUGUGCACAGCGAUCUGCUGUUGAGUACCUCGAAGAAUCCUGGAGUAGUGUAGUGACUCAUAUGCAAAACCUUCCUCUCAUCAUUGAGAAUCUUUAUCGGCUGGGGAUUUUCAAUGUCCAUGAUGUUGAUGCUCUCAAAGGCGAGAAGACAGAGUUUAGUAAAGCCAGAUGUAUACUAGAAAGGGUCACUAAGAAAGGGGAAGAGGCCAGUUAUAAAUUACUCAGGAUUUUGUUUGAAACUCGAAAGAGAACGUUACACAGUGAUUUAUAUUUCUGGAUAAGUCUUUUCUCCUUUAGGGACAAUCAAGAUGCUAGCGUUUCAAAUCGUGAGUACAUAUGUGAAUAGAUUGAAGUACAAAUACAGUAAAUACAUAUUUUUCAUGAUUUUUUUGUUAUUUUAGUCACAAAGCCCUGUCAGAACUACCAGAUGCAGCUUAAGAUAAAAGCAACAAGUAUCCUGAAAAAUCAGUGGAAACAGAGCUGUAAAUAUCUGCACAACAAUGCACAAACAAACUUCAAUUACAUACCUCUUGUUUUAGAGACAGGCUCUUUGGUGAAAACUCCACUCAGCAAAAUAAAUAAAAAGAGCAAAAUAGCCAGAAAACCACGGCCAAAAAAACUGAGAUCAUACAUUCCUGAUGAACAAGAAACUGUUUCACCUGAAGAUCUACUGAAAUGGAAAACCAGAAGGAUCAUGUUGAUUGGCAAACCUGGAAUAGGAAUGACUACAGUCGUCCAGCAAAUGUUGAAAAUGUGGACCGAAAGGAAGGACCAAGAGUACAUGUUUUACUUUGAUGAAACUUGUGUGUCCCGCAAUUACAACCCGGUGAAUUUGGAAUCAUUUUUGUUUGACUGGUAUUUAACACCAAAAAAAGACAGAAAAGAGGUAUUUGAAGACAUUGAGAGAAACUCUGAGAAUGUUGUCAUUGUGUUAGAUGGUGUCCCUUGUGUGCAAGAACAUUCCAUCCUGCAGAAGAUUAUGGACCAUGAACUUCUACCUGAGGCGAGGGUCAUAAUAACCUGCAGAACAGAGGUGGAAGAUGAUUUUAUAUCUGACUGGCCCUCACAGAAAGUGCAUGUUCAAGGAUUCAGUGAAGAGUCCAUCAGAACUUACUAUCAGAUGAUGUUGGGUCACAAUCCUGAUCUUCUGGAUGUUGUGUUGACCAAUCAAGAGCUGUUCAGUCUCAGCUAUGUGCCAAUGUAUGCGUUCAUGAUUGUGUGCUUUUUUCUCUCAGAAUUUGAGACUGUGACCAACCCAUCACAUCUUACGUGGUGCUGGAAAAAAGAAAACUGGACAAAUAGAUCAGUACCUAAGAGAACAGAAAGUUAAUCUUGUUCCCUUGAUGAAAAAUGCUUUCAGUGCAAGUAAGCAGAAAAGUCUGAACUUUCCAGAGAUCAGCAGUGAUAAAACAAACAUUUGUCAUGCUUUUCUGAAAAUGAUCCCAAUAAGAGACAGUCUGACGUCUGAAACCAAAUACUGUGCAUUUCUCCACAACACAAUGCAGGAAUUCUUCUCAGCUCUGUGGCUUGUUGAGAAUCCAUAUGAAAUUGAGAAAGUCCUGAAACUGUGUCAGACUGAAGAGAAUCAACACAUGAGACAUGUUCUGCUUUUCCUGUGUGGACUUCUGGGAGAACAUAACAACAAACUCCUCAAGUGUCUCUUCUCAGAGGAUCAGAUGAAGAAAACAUCAGAAUGCUUCAUUGAGAAACUUUUGGACACUUUCCUCAAACCUCAGAGUGACUGUGAAGACAUUGAUCUUCUCUAUGUGUGUCAGUGCUUGUAUGAGCUUCAGUCAUCUAACGCUUGCUUGAUGUUUCUGGAGAAGAUGAAGCAUCAGCUGGACAUUGAUGUGAAUCUGGACCCUCAUCAGAGUUGUGCUUUGUCUUAUGUGAUCAGUCAAUCCAGAGAUAAAGAAGUUCAUCUGAAUUUAGAGAACUGCACUGUAUCUGACACAGGAAUGAUCAUGAUUCUCUCCUGUUCACCAAAGAUCAGAGUAAUGCUCUGGGAUGAACGGCUACAGCAAGUUAAAUUCUUACUAGAAUUUUGCCACAAAGUAUCAAAACAAUAUGAUACUAUGACAUCAUGCUGUUGGACUUCUGACAAGCCAGACCUGAUCCAAGCACUGCUGGAUCUUUGCUCACAUGUAAAGGACUGUGAGACUCAAACAGGCAGGAGUUUACUUCCAGCGUUUCAGUCAGUUUUUCAGGCUUCACCUGAUGUCUGGAUCAUAGAUCUCUCAGAGAGAAAGACCUCCAUCCUCCUGGAAGUGUUGAAGCUCCAAACAGAGAAGAAACCAGUAGAGCUGAGAGGAUGGACAGAUGAAGAGAGUGAAGUGAUGAGUUUACUUCAGUGUCUGCCCUACAUCUCACAACUGAGCAGCAGAAACUGAGAGACAAACAGGAGAUCAGAUGCUGAAACUGUUGACAUCAGUCUGUUCAUACACAUCUUUCCCUUAUGAAAAUAUGAACAACUAUAUACAGAGUGAAUUUCUGCUGGAUCUUUGCUCACAUGUGAAGGACUAUGAGACUCAAACAGGCAGGAGUUUACUUCCAGCAUUACAGUCAGUUUAUCAGUCACCUGAUGUCUGGAUCAUAGA